GUCAGUCUGACAUACAUACAACUCUAACAACCCUCUUUUUUUGUUUUUUGUUUAUUAUUUUAAUUUUGCGUAAUGAACAUUGUUCCGAGAAGUAAGAUUGUUGCAGAUAUCUUUGGAAUUAAAAAUUAUUGAUACAAUUAUAAAAUAAAUACAAUGUUGCGAAGACGAAAGAAAAACAAUCAACUAUUUGUGUGGUGAAGGAGAACGAACAGAGCUUGAUGGAAUAGUUAAUAAACGUUGUCAUCGUUUAGGUAUUUUCCCAGAAAAACGUCAGUCAUAUUCAUAGAAAGAAAACCAAAAACAAAGAAUUCUUUUUGUAAACAAUAAAAUAAAAGAUAAGAAUUAAUAUCAAGUGGCUUGUCAUAAUACAAAGCAAAGCAAUACAAAAAGACACCACAUUGCGAUAAAUUAGAACGUGAAGAACAACAACAAAAUAGUUCAAGGAACUCAUCGUAUUUGUUUGGGGAAUCCAUUGAUAAACAUCAUCAUUCCCCCUACCGUCAUAGCUAGCACCAGUAAUAUAGCUUGCUUACGUUGCUCUUCAGAUUUCUAGCAAAAAUUGCAGCAUCAGCACCAGACCGCCAUUCCGCAAGAACGUUAAAAAACGUCAGCAGCAUGCGAAGUAUCGAAGGAAAAGUUGUCAUUUUGGGCUCCAGAGGUGUUGGAAAAUCUUGCCUCGUUACAAAAUACAUUAAAAACACAUUACACAAAGACAUCGAACAUGCCAGUGCAGCAUCGUUCUUCACAUGCAAGGUUAUACUGGAAGAUGCUAAAGUAAAAUUACAAAUUUGGGACACUGCGGGCCAGGAACGUUUUAAGGCGGUUGCUCCCAUGUAUUAUCGUAAUGCCAAUGCUGCCAUAUUAGUUUUUGAUUUAUCACAAUAUCGUACAUUCAAAGAAAUCAAAUCAUGGAUCCAUGAGUUGCAUCGCAACAUACAGGAUCCGUUGAUAUUGACAUUGGUGGGCAAUAAAUUGGAUUUACAUGCUGAACGGGCGGUAUCGCGUGAAGAGGCAUUGCUGUUUGCCAAUUCAAUUGGCGCCACAUAUUUCGAAACUUCGGCCGAGACAGAUCAGGGAUUGGAACAGGUUUUUCUCAGCACUGCCCUGGGUUUGGUGCGUUUGGCACGUGAAGGAAAAUGCCGCUCGUUGCGACAAUUCGACUCAUGUGAUUCCAUAUCCACCUAUACCAAUAACAAUACCGCCUUUAGUUAUUCCACCCAAGCUUUAAUGAACGGCUCAAUAAUUCAUUUGCCAUCAAUACCCAUGGGAAUACCGGUAGAUGGUGAGGAUGUGAAAACAACAGAUCAAGGACGACUUGAGACACCCUCCUGGAGCAUAGAACACAUAGCAUUGGGUGAGGUUGAACCCGUCAAUUGGUGUUGUUAGAUAUGUUGGUGAUGUGGGAUGCCAUCGGGCAAUGAUUUUUGAAAACAAAUUGUGAUUUAUUGAAAGAAACAACAAAACAAGCAAAAUAUUUAAGAAAACAGGAUAUUAUUUUAAAUGGGCAAAAGAAAAGCAAACGACAACAAAUCCGUAUCCAAAUAUGUAUUUACAUUUGCAAUAUAAUAAUGCCUCUAUAUACUUUACAUUUACUAACCUUUGAUGCUUUUGACCAAAAACAAACUCACCCAACGAAUUUUUUUUUAUUUAGAAUGCAAAACGUGUUUUAAUUUCGUUACGAACUGAAUGUAUAUUCGUUUUGAAUAUUCUCAAAUUUAUCCCAGAAUAAUUCAUAAUUAUAAUGAAUAUAAUAAUAAUUAACAACACAUGUACAAACUUAAAUCAGAAUGGAGAUUUUGUUGUGUUUUCCUUUCCUUUCAUUUCAUUUUAAUUUUCAGUUCAUUAAGAAAACAUAUUAUACGUCAAAUGUUCAUAAUUUUUAGUUAUAAGCAAUGAUUGAAAAUCAUUUUAUAUCCUCUUUGUAUUCGUCGUAUCUCAAAACGGUUAUGUUAUUCUUUUUUUUAUUAUAAUAUUGAUAUUAUAUAAUAGGCCAGUUUAUUUUUAAUAUUAAAUCUUUAUGUAUGUACAAUGAAAACCAAAAAAAGCAGAAAAUAUUUUAUUUUUCUCUAAAUAA